AUGCUCUCAACCAAAAAUGUGCGCCAGUUCGUGGUUCGGCAUGUGCAGUGGGUGGUGGAGAACCCGCGUGCGCUGGUGGACACAUUCAAGCAGAAAAGAGUCAAGGCGAUCAUUGAGCAAGUGCGCGAUGGCUCAACACUUCGUGCUUUCCUACUUCCUGAUUUUUACUACGUCACGUUAAUGCUGUCGGGCGUUAAGGUAUAA